AUGGCUACAGACGUAAUCGAGCUCUCUGUACCCCUCCCCCGCUCUCUAGACACGCGCAUCUACCUCCGCCUUUCCACCAAAGCAAAGUCCAUUGUGAUAUUCCUCACAACCGCGACACAGGAUGAGCUCGCCACUCCUGUCCGCAUGGGUUCUUUUGUCUACGCUCUGCCCAACCGGCUUGACCAGGCACAGCCAUUAUCUACCACGCUCUAUUCUUCAGAGGCAUCAGUGGAGUUUACAACACGCUUGGCCAAGCUUUUAGCUCGGAAAUCACAGCUCCCGGUGUACGUCACUAACUCGAUUAGUUUUGCUAAUGCGGGUAUGGGAGGCACGGUGGAAGAGGAGAUGGAGGCUUUCAAGACCAUUGUUCAAGUUGUGUCAGAGAGGCUACAGCUAUCGGGUCCCAAGCCAACGGCGGCCUGA